GAGGAUUUCUUUCUACCGCCUUCCAUGACUUCUUGAAACACUACCUGGGGAGAAAAUUCGAGGGCAAAACGUUUCUCUCCUUUAUUCGAAGCUGUAUUCAAAUUCAUCAGUGUGUUAGGACAUUACAGGACAAUGCCGAAGCGGUUGUAGGCAAGCCUGUUGUUUGACUACUUUACUUUCACGUUUAAAAAGGGAGGCUACUCGGGUACAUGGAUGAGUGAAGAGGAGCUAAGAAGCUCCCCCGCUGCUUUUAGAGAGUGAGGAGGAUUAGGCUGGUGCUCAGUGGAGGCACGACGGCACUCUCACACGGCAACCGGAGCUGGAGCCAUGAGCAGGGCGCUUACGGAGCACAUCAUCAGUAGCUUCCGAGAAGAUGCUCCUCGUCCUCCGGUACCGGGGGAGGAGGGAGAGGCGUCAUGCUACGACCCCAGCAGAUCUGCCAAAAUGAGAUCCCAGAGCAAGGUUAAAGAUAUCGCCGCCGCCUCCGCGCCUCCCGGCUCCACGCCGCGGAGGAACGAGGAUGGACUCGGGGAGCCAGAGGGCAGCGCGUCCCCGGACUCGCCCCUAGUCCGGUGGACAAAGUCACUGCAUUUUCUCCUGGGUGACCAAGACGGCGCUCACCUCUUUAGGACCUUUUUGGAGCGGGAGAAUUGCGUGGACACUUUGGACUUUUGGUUCGCCUGCAACGGCUUCAGGCAAAUGGACUUAAAGGAUACCAAAACGUUACGAGUUGCCAAAGUUAUUUUCAAGCGGUACAUCGAGAACAACAGCAUUGUGGCCAAGCAGCUGAAACCGGCCACCAAGACCUUCAUAAAGGAUAGUAUUAAGAAACAACAAAUAGACUCGGCCAUGUUUGACCAGGCACAGACGGAAAUUCAGUCAAACAUGGAAGACAAUGCAUACCAGAUGUUUUUGACCUCUGACAUAUACCUCGAAUACGUGCGCACGGGCUGUGAGAACGCAGCAUACAUGAACCGCGGGAGUCUCGGCAGCCUGAAGUUGAUGUGCGGAUACCUUCCUCCUCUCAUGGAGGAAGAGGAGUGGAGUUGUAAUGACCUGAAGGCAAAAACGUUAGGGUCUGUUGUUGGACUGUCUGCGAAAACCCUGAGGGCUACUGCUACCAUCCGGACAGCAGCUGCAGUGCUGGAGAAUAGUUGCAGGCCCCAUCGUCGAGGAGAGCCUGCCAGCCCUUACUUUGUCAACUCCGGAUACAUUUUUGCCCCCGCCACCAGUGCCAACGACAGCGAGAUCUCCAGCGAUGCUACGACGGAUGAUUCCAUGUCCAUGACAGACAGUAGCGUAGAUGGAAUCCCUCCAUAUAAACUGGGCACAAAGAAGCAACUCCAGCGAGAGAUGCACCGCAGUGUCAAGAUCAAUGGCCAGAUUACACUACCCCACUUUCCUAGGACACAUCGGCUGCCUAAGGAGAUGACCCCUGUGGAGCCGUCGGCCUUUGCUGCACAGCUCAUAUCCAAGCUGGAGAAGCUGAAGCGAGAGCAGGACACCAUGAGCUCGUUGGAGGAGAGGCUGCAGCAGAUCCAGGAGGAGGAGGAAAGGGAGGAGAGCAGUGAUCCCACCAGCAGCACCUCCAUCCAACACCCUCUGCUCCCAUCUAGCAGUCAGUGUGAGGAAGACCCUCAGGCUAUCCUGGACGAGCACCUGUCCCGUGUGCUGAAGACACCCGGCUGCCAGUCACCAGGUGUGGUUCGGCACUCGCCACGCUCUCGCUCUCCAGAUCAGACAGAAGCUCUGGUGUCCUCUGGCCACGGGCCCUUCUUCGGUGCCUACCCUGGGGCAGCCAAGGUUCUCAUGACUGGCCGUCAGUCCACAAAGCACAUCCACCACCACUACAUCCACCAUCACCACGCUGGGCCCAGGACCAAGGAGCAGAUUGAGGCCGAGGCGGCUCAGCGCGUGCAGUGCCUCUGCCCUCCAGGGGGUGCCAAUUAUUCCGACUUCACCCCUGCUCGCUGCAGCACUUUGUCCAAGCGGCCAAUCAAGGCCACCGAUGAGGGAGUGUCCACCCGCCUUCCCCUAGAUGCCACCGACCGCUCUCAGAAUGUUUGGCAGUGGAUCCUCGAGAGUGAGAGGCAGGGCAAGCAUAAGCCACACAGCAUACAAGGCCUAAAGAAGUCCAACCCUCUCGACUCAAAGACUCUGCCCAGCCGGACACACUCCUCUUGGGGCGGAGGCGGCAUUGGCAGCGGGGCUCACCUCCGUAGCCACCACCCCGGCCACCCUUUCAUCCAGGACCCGGCCAUUCCCCCCUUACGCCCACCCAACACCCUGGCACAGCUGGAGGAGGCCUGCCGCAGACUAGAAGAAGUCUCCAAGCCCCCAAAACAAAGGCAUUCAACAGCAGCCAGCAGCCUUCCGAGAGACAGAAGCCAUCCGGCAGCUGGAGGCACCCCGCUCUCCAGCCCCGGACUCACAGCAGACGAGUCUAAGGAGCUCGUGGUCACCUACUUCUUCUGUGGUGAAGAGAUUCCUUAUCGCAGCAUGAUGAAGACCCACUGCCUCACCCUGGGACACUUCAAAGAACAGCUUAGCAAGAAAGGCAACUACCGGUACUACUUCAAGAAAGCCAGCGAUGAGUUUGAGUGCGGUGCCGUGUUCGAGGAGGUGUUGGAGGAUGCCAACUUGUUGCCCAUGUACGAGGGCAAGGUCCUGGGCAAGGUGGAGAGGAUGGACUGAAAGCCACUUUGUUGCCAACCAACCAAUGCCCUUCUCCCGCCCAACCAAAAGCUAAACUAUCCCUAAAGAAAAUUGAGCAAGAGACUCUUUGUAAUUAACAAAAAAUACUCUAGACUCCUAUUUUUUGUUUUGUUUUUUUUCUAUUUCUUAAUAUUAAGCUAAACAGAGUUAAUAUAUCCAGCACAAGAGGAGCGAUUGAAGGAAGACGAGCCAAUGAAGUAUGCCGAACCCAGAGGAGUCAACGCCCCUCCCUGACUUUAUCAACCAAUCAGCCUUAGAAACACAAGGGAAUGACACGAGAGACUUAAAAAGACCAACACAAAGGAUGAUGAUGAUGAUUGGAGGCUAGUGGGGGGGAGACCCCGCCUCUUCUUAAAUAUAUAACCACUGAAGAUGUAGAUGACUGUUUUGUUGUGAUGAGAGACUGCCGAGUGCAACGGACUAGCACCAACCUGCUCUUAACACUUCAACAUCGCUACAAAAACGUCUGUACGUGUGCAUAUACAUACAUGCAUUUAUGUAUAUAUACAUGUAUUAUAUAUAGAGAUGCUUUUCGUCAUGAGUUGAAAGUUUUUAUUAAGUAUUUAUUGAGAAAAAAAACACCCACACUUUACCCUGUUCCUUAGUUUUCUUAAAUAUACCCCUCCCUCCCUCCCUAUUUCCAGCCAAUGGGCAAGCUGCUUUGAAUGUUGGGAGAAUACUGUGGUGAUAUUGUUUGUUUUGUCUGUUUUUUACUUUAUGUGACACCAGCCUAGCACCUCCAAUAGCCUUGUCGCCCGCCUGAUCUGAACUAACAACCUUCGCAGUGGUCUUUUUCCGAGGCGCACUCUUUUCCAUUCUAAUGGUCAAUCCCAGUCUUAUAUGCUGCUGAUAGUUUAUAAUGUUAAGUUUUUCACACUAGCAUUUCCUCUCCCACGUCCCCGUCCCCCCUCCUUCUAUUCUUCUCCCAGUCCGGCGACAGAGCUCAAUCUUUUUUGUUGUGCCUUUGUUUGUAAAUCAGGCAUUGCACGAGGGGUGGGGGGUGUAAACAGAUACACACAGAGAGGAGACCUGGAGCACAAGCUGUACCAUCUAAUAAUGGCAGUGUUUACAGCCCCCACACCAAAAUAACUUGUGCUAACAAGAACAAGUUUGGAUCACUGAAAACGACUUUCUCGGGGAAGUCAGCUAGCGUGUCAAAAAAACACAAAAAAGAAAAAA